AACAUGGAUGAUCCAGAAUUAGAAGCAAUCAGAAGGGCACGUAUGGCAGAAUUGCAAUCUCGCGGUGGUGCAGGUAGUCCUUCAGGUGGAUAUGGUGGCGCCAGUGCAGGUGGUGGUAUUCCCGGUGGUAAUGCAGGCAGAGGUGGAUCUGGAAAAGAACAAGAAGAUGCAGAAGCACAAGAUGAAAUGAAGAGACAGGCUUUAAGUACAAUCUUGGAUCCUGAAGCAAGGGAAAGAUUAUCCCGGAUAUCUUUGGUCAAGCCAAGCAAAGCAAGAGCUAUUCAAGACCUUUUGAUCAGAAUGGCCCAAUCAGGUCAAGUACGUCAGAAAGUAACCGAACAACAAUUAAUCGGAUUGUUAGAUCAAGUCGAAGGACAAGGACAAGGUGGUAGUGGUGCAUCCUCGGGAGGAGCUGGGAAGAUCACUUACACACGUAAGAAGACCUUGGACGACGACGAUGAUGAUUUCGAUCUAUGAGAUUGUGAUUUCUGCUAUGAUCAUCAUUGACUUUGCGUUCAUCUUCGACAAAAUCUUGUACCAAUACCUCUACAGAUGCGAGUUUUUAUGAUUCCUUUUGACAAGCCUUCAUUGCCAUUACAGUAUGCAGAAACG